AUGGGUAAGAAAAGGGCUCCUCAAAAAGGAAAAACGGUCACAAAGCCACAGGAGAUAAUUGUAGAUGAAUCCAAAUUGAACUGGAAACCAGUAGAUAUUCCGGACACUUUAGAUGACUUUGGUGGAUUUUAUGGCUUGGAAGAAAUUGACGGAGUGGACGUUAAAGUCGUGGAUGGUAAAGUAACUUUCGUCACCAAAAAAGAUUCAAAAGUGUUAAAAGAUAGCAAUAAGGAAAAAGUCGGAGAUGAUCAGGAAUCUGUGGAAAAUGAAUCAGGGUCAGAUUCGGAGUCCGAGCUCCUUGAAUUCAAGAACUUGGACGAUAUUAAAGAAGGAGAGUUGAGUGCAGCAUCUUAUUCAUCAUCCGACGAGGAUGAGCAAGGUAAUAUUGAGAGUUCAAAGUUAACCGAUCCCAGUGAGGAUGUGGAUGAGGAUGUGGAUGAGGAUGUUUUGAAAGAAAACGUCUUUAACAAAGACAUUAAUAUCGAUGAUAUUUCUCCUGUAAAUUUACCUGAAUGGACGAAUCUUGCACCUCUCUCAAUGACUAUUUUGCAGAGCUUGCAGAAUUUAAAUUUUCUCAGACCUACAGAAAUUCAAAAAAAGUCUAUUCCAGUUAUUAUGCAAGGCGUAGACGUCAUGGGGAAAGCCUCUACAGGUUCAGGUAAAACUUUAGCCUAUGGUAUUCCAAUUGUAGAGAAACUGAUCAGUAACUUCUCUCAGAAAAACAAGAAACCAAUAUCGUUAAUCUUUACUCCUACAAGAGAACUGGCGCAUCAAGUCACAGACCACUUAAAAAAGAUCUGUGAGCCUGUUCUAGCGAAAUCUCAGUACUCGAUAUUAUCUUUGACAGGUGGACUCUCUAUCCAAAAACAACAACGUCUAUUAAAGUACGAUAAUAGUGGCCAAAUUGUCAUCGCAACACCAGGUAGAUUUUUGGAACUGUUGGAAAAAGACAACACUUUAAUCAAAAGAUUCUCGAAAGUAAAUACGCUAAUCCUUGAUGAGGCUGAUAGGCUGUUACAAGACGGUCAUUUCGACGAGUUCGAAAAAAUCAUUAAACAUUUAUUAGUAGAAAGAAGGAAAAACAGAGAAAACUCCGAGGGCAGUAGCAAAAUUUGGCAAACUUUGAUCUUUUCUGCAACAUUCUCCAUCGACUUGUUUGAUAAGCUAUCUUCUUCCCGUCAAGUUAAGGAUAGAAGGUUUAAAAACAACGAAGAUGAGCUAAAUGCCGUAAUACAACACUUAAUGAGCAAAAUUCACUUCAACUCAAAGCCGGUUAUAAUAGAUACAAAUCCUGAGUCAAAAGUGAGCUCUCAAAUCAAAGAAUCCUUAAUUGAAUGUCCUCCAUUAGAACGUGACCUAUACUGCUAUUACUUUUUAACCAUGUUCCCAGGUACAACUUUGAUCUUUUGUAAUGCCAUUGACUCCGUGAAGAAAUUGACCGUAUACUUAAAUAACCUAGGCAUCCCAGCUUUUCAAAUUCAUUCUUCCAUGACACAAAAGAACCGUUUGAAAAGCUUAGAAAGGUUCAAGCAACAAAGCGCUAAACAGAAAACAAUAAAUCAUUCGAAUCCGGAUUCCGUUCAACUCUCAACAGUAUUGAUUGCAAGUGAUGUUGCUGCUAGAGGUUUAGAUAUUCCGGGUGUUCAACACGUUAUUCAUUACCACUUACCAAGAUCUACUGAUAUUUAUAUUCAUAGAUCAGGCAGAACUGCAAGAGCAGGUUCUGAAGGUGUCUCUGCCAUGAUAUGCUCACCUCAAGAAUCUAUGGGCCCAUUAAGAAAGUUAAGAAAAACUCUCGCUACAAAAAAUAGUGUUUCGACGGAUUUGAACUCUAGAUCAACUAACAGAAAACCCAUCAAGUGGCAAAACACUGUGCCUUUGUUACCAAUUGAAACCGAUAUACUUUCACAACUCAGAGAAAGAAGUAGAUUAGCAGGCGAACUGGCUGAUCAUGAAAUUGCUUCUAAUUCCCUAAGAAAAGAUGACAAUUGGUUAAAAAAGGCUGCUGAUGAAUUAGGUAUUGACGUUGAUUCCGACGAAGACGAUAUAUCAAAGAGUAAUUCGGACACUUUCUUACUAAAAAAUAAAAAUAAAAAAAUGCAGAAGACUAUAAAUAAGGACAAGGUAAAAGCCAUGAGAGCUACGUUGAACGAAUUGUUAUCAGUGCCUAUACGUAAAGAUAGAAGACAGAAAUAUUUGACAGGUGGGCUAGUGAAUUUAGCUGAUAACUUGGUCAAAAAAAGAGGUCAUAAUUCUAUCAUUGGUCAUGAAAAGACAAACGCCUUAGAAACUUUGAAGAAAAAGAAAAAGAGAAAUAAUUAA